UACCACUACAGUUAAACCUCGAACCUGCAUUUUCAGGUUGUCUCGACGAUCGACUAUCCUAUCUCCGCUCUCUUCAUCCUCUUUUGUUUCUUCUGCUCGCUGUAUCUGUCUCUGUAUCUGCACCGGGUUACUCUUAAACCGACGUCGGAUUCCUUUGUGUUGAGAAAGAAUAGAGAGACAUGCUUCCUCUUGAGAGCUACUACGGGUCGAGGAGCUGGUUGGAGCGAAAGACGGAGCCCGGUCAACAACGUCCAAGCCCUACGGUCAAUACGAUGGACGGUGGUGAUUCGAUGUUGAGCUCGGCGUCGAAGGGGGAGAGGAGAUCGGAAGAAGCACGUAAGAGCCACAAGGACGCGGAAAGGAGACGCAGGCAGCGAAUCAACGCCCACCUCUCCACCCUCCGCUCUCUCCUACCCCACACCACCAAGGCAGAUAAGGCAUCGUUGCUGGCACAGGUGGUCCAUCGCGUGAAGGAGCUGAGGCAGCAAGUGGCUGACGUGGCCUGUCGGGAAGGCAACGGCGACGCGUGUGGUAGUGGAGCCGACGCCUUGCCCGAGCCGUGGCCGUUACCGGGAGAGUCAGACGAGGCGACCCUGAGCUACUGCGACGGCGGGAAGAAGGUGAAGGCGACUCUGUGCUGCGAAGACCGUCCCGGUUUGAACGUGGAUUUGGCACGAGCGAUUAAGUCGGUCCGGGCAAGGGCAGUGAGGGCGGAGAUGAUGACGGUGGGUGGGCGGACGAAGAGCGUGGUGAUCGUACAGUGGGCCGGGAGUGGUACCGGUGGAGACCAUGAGAUCGGGGCCUUGAAGCGGGCUUUGAAGGAUGUGGUGGAGAAUCGGGCUUCGGAUUCUGGACUGGGCCAAGGCGUCUCAAAGAACAAGCGGGCUCGGAUUAAUGGUUCCCUUACGGACGAUAAUGACUUUUUGUUAACAGGGCUUUGAUCCAUUUCUUACAUGUUUCUUUUUCUUUUUA